GUGACAUAUAUUACACCUGCGAAUAACAUUACAUAACUUCUUGGCCACUGCAUCACAAAAUUAUGUGACAAAUCAAAUCACAAGAUUUUCACACGUAAAUAUACAAGUAAAAUAUCGAGGCGUUGUAUCUGAGACAUCGAUGUCGGUGAUCUGAGAUCUGAGACGUGAUGAGUGACGUAAUGCCAGGACAUUGAAUCUCUUCAUUUUUUCGUUGUUGGAAUUAAUGUUAUUUCUUUAACGGCCAGUCCAUAUUUUUUAUUUCGUCUCUGACUGUCACUGUCACUGUCAGUGAGGUUAGCUACGUGUAAUUUUGAAUUAUGGAUAUGUAUGUAUUGUUCUCAAAGUUUACCGUCAAGUAGAUCAUAAACAAUAAAUGAAAAGAUGGUUCGGAGAAAAAAAAAUGUCGAUGAUAUUCUUGCUCGUAUUAACUUCCCACUUUUUACGGUUCAGAUAUUGUCUCCAAGAUAUGUAAUCGUUGGGGGUGGUGGUGGAAUUGCAAAAACAGGAAUAGCUAAUGGUUUUGAAAUUUUCGAACUGUCCCAUGAUGGUUCCAAAUUCAUUGCUGAGGAAGUUACCAGGCAUGAAACUGGGGGAAACGUUGUGAUGUAUUGUUCCACUUUCACUGAUAACAAACGUUCAUAUGUAGUAGCAGGUCAGGAAGAUCACUGUCAACUAUAUCAUGUGAAUAGUGAACUUGUCAGCGAAGAAGUUGAAAAUAUUGAUCAUAACUCGCCCGAGACUCGACAAAGAAAACCGCAAAAAACUGAUAGGAACAAAAAUUUGAAAAAGAGUUUGAAGUUUGUCAUGAAACCCAGUGAUAGUAUACAAACUGAUUUCAUUGGUCCAGAACCUCUAUCUAGAGUAGCUAGGAUACAUCAUAAUGGUAAACUCAUGGCCACAGGAGGAACUGAUGGACACAUAAGAUUAUGGAAAUUUCCGAGUUUGCAACCCUUAACCGUGUUGAAGGCGCACGAGAAAGAAAUUGAUGACAUUGACUUUAGCCAGUUUGGAAAUUUUCUGAUUACUGUAGCGAAGGAUGGCUUGGGGAUUCUUUGGGACUGUAUUAAAGGAAAAGAAUACAGUAGGUUGAAUUGGAAACAGCCUGAAGGUUCCAAAUAUUUGUACAAACGAUGUAGAUUUGGUGUAAUUGAAGGGGAAGAUAAAAAGUCUGCGUUAUAUACAAUAUCCAAUCCUACUGGUGUUGCAAAAAAACAGAAAUCUUAUCUUCAACAGUGGCUCCCUGAAGAUGGACUACUAAAAAAAGUUGCAGAAUUCGACGAAUGUCUUUCCGCUUUGGUAGUUAGAGAUGAUGGUAGAUUUGUAGCUGUGGGUACCAUGUUCAGCGGAUCAGUUUUAAUUUAUGCGUCUUUUAGUUUGCAGCCAAUGUUGAAUAUUGUUGGUGCACAUUCCAUGUUUGUUACUGGACUAGAAUUUUUCCCUGUGUUGAAUGAAAGUCGUACAGUUUGUAGCGUGGCCGAGGCUGCAGUAUUAUCAAUUUCUGUGGAUAACCAUGUUUGUAUCCAUACACUGCCAUAUAGAAGAACAAUGCCGCUGUGGGUAGGAAUAUUGAUAUUAAUUUUCACAUUGUUCCUCUCCUUCACAUUUUGCUCUUAUAUAGGAUUAUAAACAGAUGUAAUAAAAUUUUUUUGUUUAUA